GCAUGUUCGAUUAAUAAUUAUCAAAAUGAGACAAGUAGAAAAUACAAUUGUGUCCAUUGAACAAGGAAAACUUUCGGGAUGCACUAAACAGGAUAUAAAUGGUAGACCAUUCCAAUGUUUUUAUGGAAUACCGUAUGCAGAGCCACCAAUUGGGGAAUUAAGAUUUAAGUCACCAGAGCCGGCUUUACCAUGGAAUGAUGAUAUUUUAGAUUGUACAAAAGUAAAAUCAUUUUCGAAACGACGUUUUUAUCCAGGGAAUUUUUAUGGUAGUGAAGAUGAUUGUUUAUAUUUGAAUAUUUAUACACCACAGAUCUCUUCUGAUCCUACCAAUGAAAAAUAUCCUGUUAUGUUCUGGAUACCUGGUUAUCCGUUUAUAUACGAAAUGGGCAGUUUGGAAUUUUAUGGACCAGAAUUUUUAGUUGCAAAAAAAGUUGUUUUAAUUACGAUUAAUUAUAGACAUGGUUUUUUAGGAUUUUUAAAAUUGAAUGAUCCUUUAUUGAACGUUACUGGCAAUGCAGGUUUAAAGGAUCAAGUAGAAGCUUUACGUUGGGUAAAAAAGAAUAUUGAAGCGUUCGGUGGUGAUUCAAAUAAAAUAACAAUAUUUGGUCAAGGAUUCGGGGCAGCUUAUGUACAUUUACAUAUGUUAUCGUCAAUGUCUCGUAAACUUUUUCACAGAGCGAUAAUGCAAAGUGGUUCCGCGUUAUGCCCAUGGUGUUUUGGUGGUUUACGUCUUGACUAUGAUUUGGUAAAAGCAUUGGCAUGUGAAGCGGAUAACGAUGAAGGUGUAUUGGAUUUUUUGCAAGAUCAAUCGGUGGAUAGUAUUUUAACGAAUCAAUCUAGAUUAAUAAAUUGUCAAGAGGAACUUAUGGCUGGCGAAUUAAAUGCUAUUACACCAGUUGUCGAAGUACCAAAUGACAAUGCAUUCAUAUCGGAACAGCCAGAAGAAUUAAUUGCUACAAAUAAAGCAGCUCGAAUACCCAUUUUAAUCGGAUACAAUUCACAUGAAGGACUUUUACCGUUUACAUUUUCUGCAAAAACUCGUUUAACACCGGAUUUCAAUGACAACAGACAAUUAAUACCACGAGAUUUACAAGAUACAUUAGAAACUGAUGAACUUAGUUUUGAAGUUGGAAAUAAGAUUAAAGAGUUUUAUUAUGACAAGGAAACACCAUCAUUUGAUAAUUUAGAUCGAUUUAUUCAGUUUUAUACUGACGAAAUGUUUGGCUACAAAAUACUAUCAACAGCACGUGCCCAUGCUCAAUCGAAAAACCAAGUAUAUACGUAUAUUUGGUCAUUGGAUACAAUUUUAAAUGCAAUUCGUGAUAAUAUUCGAUAUAAAUAUAAGGGUGUACAUCAUGGUGAUGAAUUAGGAUAUUUA